GGGACGCGCCCCCGGGGCGGGGCGUUGGGGCGGCGGCAGGAAGGGGGUCGCGGCGGCGGCGGCGGCUCUUGUGUGUCGGCGGUGCUGCCGGCAGUACAGAAGCAGCGUGGCUGUCUGUGGUCGGCGGUUCUCGACUUGGUUCUAAAAGAUGACUGAUGCUGGUUUCUGUGAUGCCACUGGGUGUCUCUGGCACCAUGGACUGAUACGGAACACACAGAUCUAACUGCGCAACCUGCAGAGGAAGCAUCAGUAGAGCUACUUCAUUUCAGCUCCUUAAGUGGACAAAGGCACAGUCUCAUCUAUCUCCAAGGGAAAACUCUUCAACAGAUUUUUACAGCUAGUAAUAAAGACUACAUAGCAUCAUCUACCUUCCCGAUUUACAGUGCAUCACCUUCCAAGACAGAUGGUCUGUCAGAAGCCGGAGGAUGCCUGCAGAGCACAUAAUAAUGAAGUAAUGAAUUGAUGCUGCUGCUGCCUAAUAGUCAGGAUCACAGCUGAUAGAGCUGCACUGCCCUUUUUCUGCUCCCUUAGUCGGGCCAGGAACUGUAGGGUGGACAUGGCUGGCCUCAUUAACAACCUGCUAAUACUGAUUCUUGUUCUUCAAAACAUCUGCUUGGGUUUCAGAAGCCCACUUUCUGUCUUCAAAAGGUAUAAAGAUGCUACUAGAUCUCUUUCCAGUGAAUGCUUUGGGAGCGCUAGGCCAGUGAUUUCAUUUCGACUAUCAGAUUUCACAUUGGACAUUCGUAUGCCUGGAGUGACACCCAAGCAGUCUGAUACCUACCUCUGCAUGUCAGUACCCCUGCCAGUGGAUGAUGAAGCCUAUGUAGUUGACUUUAAACCUCAUGCCAGCAUGGACACUGUCCAUCACAUGUUGCUAUUUGGAUGUAAUGAACCCUCUUCUAAUGAAAAUUACUGGGACUGUGAUGAAGGAAUCUGCAAAGACAAAUCAAAUAUUUUGUAUGCUUGGGCAAGGAAUGCUCCACCUACUAGGCUACCGAAAGGUGUCGGAUUCAGAGUUGGAGGAGAAACAGGGAGCAAAUUUUUUGUACUGCAGGUACACUAUGGUGACAUCAGUGCAUUUAGAGAUAAACACAAGGACUGCUCUGGUGUAACUUUGCAUCUGACUCAUCAAAAGCAGCCUUUGAUUGCUGGAAUGUAUCUAAUGAUGUCUGUGAACACUGUAAUACCACCUGGCGAGAAAGAGGUUGAUGCAGAUAUUGCUUGCCAUUACAAAAGAUUUCCAAUGCACCUUUUUGCCUACAGAGUUCAUACGCACAGACUAGGUAAAGUAGUGAGUGGAUACAGAGUGAGAAAUGGUCAGUGGACAUUAAUUGGUAGACAGAGUCCACAGGUACCACAGGCAUUCUAUCCAGUGGAACAUCCUGUUGAUGUUAGCUAUGAUGAUAUUCUAGCGGCUAGAUGUGUGUUCAGUGGUGAAGGCAGAACUACAGAGACACAUAUAGGUGGAACAGCCAAUGAUGAAAUGUGCAAUUUUUACAUUAUGUACUAUAUGGAAGCCAAGCAUGCUGUCUCAUAUAUAACAUGCACACAGAAUGCAAACCCUGAGAUGUUCAGAAACAUACCACAGGAAGCAAAUAUUCCUAUUCCAGUCAAGCCUGAUAUGCUGAAGAUGGCGCAUGGACAUCAUGAAGAAACCAAGGAUACUGAUAAAAGUUCUUUGCAGCUGUCAAAAGGAGAAGAGGAAGAGAUUUUGGAUCAGAGUGAUUUCUAUUCACUGCUUUCCAAGCUGCUAGGAGAAAGGGAAGAUGUUGUUCACGUGCAUAAGCAAAACCCUACAGAAAAGGCAGAAUCAGAUCUUGUAGCUGAGAUUGCUAAUGUAGUCCAAAAGAAGGACCUUGCCAGAGAGAUCACAAAUCAUGAGAGGGACAGUACUGUUCUUGUCAGAGACAGAAUUCACAAAUUUCACAGACUAGAGUCUACCUUGAGGCCACCAGAAAACAAACAGUUUCCUUUACAACAGCCUAAGCAUGGUGAGGGAAGCUGGGAAAAAGAAAAUACAGGAGAUUUCCACAUAGAAGAGGCUAUGGAGUGGCCAGGGUUAGACCUCAAACUAGGCCAAGUUUCUGGUUUGGCUCUGGACCGUGAGAAUAACCUAGUUAUCUUCCACAGAGGUGAUCAUGUUUGGGAUGAAAAUUCUUUUGACAGCAAAUUUGUUUAUCAACAAAGAGGACUUGGACCAAUUGAACAAAACACGAUUCUUGUUCUGAAUCCAAGUAAUGCAGAGCUGCUGCAUUCCACAGGCAGAAAUCUAUUUUAUUUACCACAUGGUUUGAGUAUAGAUAAGGAUGGUAACUACUGGGUCACUGAUGUAGCUCUCCAUCAGGUUUUCAAACUGGGAGUGGAUACAAAAGAACCAUUGCUUAUCCUUGGAGUAGCUCUGCAGCCAGGCAGUGACCACAGUCAUUUCUGUCAACCAACCGAUGUGGCUGUGGAUCCAGUCACUGGCAGCAUUUACGUAUCUGACGGCUACUGCAACAGCCGGAUCAUCCAGUUCUCUCCAAAUGGAUUGUACAUCAAGCAGUGGGGAGAAGAGACUUCCUCAGGCAAAGCCGGACCUGCACAGUUUCGUAUCCCCCACAGCUUAGCUCUGAUCCCUGAGUUAAGUCAGCUCUGUGUUGCAGACAGGGAAAAUGGUCGAAUUCAGUGCUUCAGAUUAGAAACUGCGGAGUUUGUAAGAGAGAUAAAGCACAAAUCAUUUGGAAGAGAGUUGUUUGCUGUCUCAUAUGCUCCAGGUGGUCUGCUCUUUGCAGUUAAUGGGAUGCCUUAUCCUGGAGAGUCAGAGCCAGUGCAAGGAUUUGUUAUGAACUUCUCUACUGGAGAGAUAAUUGAUACUUUCAUUCCGCUUAGAAAGAGCUUUGAGAUGCCACAUGAUAUUGUUGCUUCAGAAGAUAAAACAGUAUUUGUUGGAGAUGUUCAUGCCAGAACAGUGUGGAAGUUUGCAUCUUCAGAAAAAAUGGAACAUCGGUCAGUUAAAAAGGCUGGUAUUGAGGUGCAGGAAAUAAAAGCAUCAGAAACAGUUGUAGAAGCCAGAUUGAAGAACAACCCAGAACCAACAGACACACUAAAGAAGCAGGAAAAACAGCAUUUGGUUCGACGAGCAAGCACUGGAGUUUCCUUUGUUCUUAUUACAACUCUUCUAAUUAUCCCUAUUGUCAUCCUGCUGGCGAUUUUAGUAUUUAUUCGUUGGAGGAAGACAGCAGUCUAUGGAGCUGAUGGGGAGCACAAACUUGACUCAAAUUCAGGCCGAAUUUUAGGCAGACUUAGAGGGAAAGCUGGUGGUGGCCUCAACCUUGGGAACUUCUUUGCAAGUCACAAGGGCUACAGCCGAAAAGGCUUUGACCGACUCAGCACUGAAGGAAGCGAUCAAGAAAAAGAUGAAGAUGAUGGCUCAGACUCAGAAGAAGAAUACUCAGCACCUCCACCUCCACAAGCACUUUCUUCCUCCUGAAAACAGCCUUUGAGUUCUCCAUUAUAUGAUUCAACCCAGAAUGUCAGAUUCCUUUUCCCUUAAGCACGUUUAAGAUUUAAUUGUAUUUAAUUGUAAACUGUACUAGUCUGUGUGGGGCUGUACACUGGUUUCUUUAAUUUUUGUUUGGUUUUGGUUCUCUUUUUAAGUGGAGGAGUGUAUGGAAGUUCCAUAUCAGUGCAGUUGUGUUUUUUUAUGUGACCAUCUUAAUAAAGCAUACAAUCUUCUUCUGAUUGCAGCACUGAUUUAAAGCGGUAGUAUUUUCUCAUAACAAAUUGGGGAUCUUUUCUGUAUUUGUAAAUAAAUUGUAUUACCUGCUUCGAGAAAGUAUUUUUCCUAUAAAUAUUCGGUUGCCAAUUUCUUUUUUGUGCCUUUCCUCUUCCAUGUCCUUAACCUGUUGCAGUACAGAGAAAAUACAGUGCCACAAGAAAAUGAAGCUGCUAAAUCUUCUUCUAUUUUUUUAAGAUCACUAACAUUAUAUUGCAUUGAAGGAAAAACAAAACAAAAAAAACAACAAAAAAAAAAAGUAUCUAUUUAAUUGUUUUCUCUUCUUGAUGUGUUUCCGGGAUGUCUUAUUUUUAGAUGGUAUCACUGUUAGAACACUAUUUUCAGGAACUGAAUGUAAUUUGUGUAAUAAAGUGUUCGCAGAGCAUUA